AUGCACUCGACGCACGACUCGCUGUGCAACGGCACGCGCCCGUGGAUCCUCGGCGGCUACGCGCUCAAGUGGCAGCUGCUGCUCGCGGCGGUCGAGCGAGUGUAUGCGCCGCUCGCGCGCGACGAGCGUGGGCGCGCCGGCGCCCUCGUCGUGCUGCGCACCUCGCCGCCCCGCGACUUCCAGGGCAGCACGGCGCUGCGUGGCGGGCGGUGCGAUAACACCAAGCCGCUGGCGGAAGCGGCGCUCGCGGCAGAGGAGAGCGCCGGCAUCGGCCUGCGGUCCUCCGCCAGCAGCGGUGGCACAGCAAGCACGGGAAUGCAGCUGAGCUCGAUGCGCUACGCGGUGAUGGCGCAGAACGGCAUCCUGCUCGCCGCCGCCGCGGAGCGCUCCCGUCCGUACCUCCGAGUCCUCGACGCGUACGGCAUUGCGCGGCGGCGUGCGGAUGCCCACCCAUCGACUGCGCCGCGCCACUUGCGCAGCCGAAGCGCGGGCGCGCUCGGCAUCAACCAGGACUGUCAGCACUACUGCCUGCCGGGCAUCCCGGACGUGUGGAACGGCCGACUUUUGCGGCUGAUCUCGCACCAAGCGUCGUCGGCCACCACGGCCGCAGGGGCUCGCCAGCCCUCCAGCUUUGGUGGCGGCGCCAGCGACUCGUCUUUCGAGGCGCUCGGGGAGCCGCUGCCCAUCCUGCGCAGAUGGAACUUUGCGCUGCCAGGCGGAGAGCCGUUCGUGCAGUUGGUCCAACGCCGUCGUCGGCUGCCUGAGCGUGCGACGCUGGCGCUCAAGCUCGGCGCAGGGUCGGCCUGGAGCGACGAGCCGCCUACGCAUCUGUCGUGCGACUUGCCACGCGAGCUGCGGUCGAGGGGGGCAAGCUUGCUCGGAUUCUGCAAUUAG